AUGGGGCUCUCUUCCAACCCGUCGUCUGCCUUUACAGGCGUCGUCAUCGGCCUCGUGUCAUCAUUCGGCUCCAUCGUCCUCAUCGCCCUAGUCAUCUUCAUUUUCUGGGUUUCUGGCUGCGCGAGUACUGGUCGCAUCAUCCUCGACCGACUCGGUCGGCCUGGCGAAUACGAUGAUGAACAAGCGUUCGCACGCGAUGAGGCUGAGGCCCUCGAGGUCAUGGAUGAUAUGUCGCGCCAGGAAUAUCUACGUGCAAAGGCUUGGGUUACUGCGAACCCUCCCGAAUCAAUGCAGACUGAUAUCUCUCUAUCUCAAUACCUCGCCAUACAAGAAAAGGGUGUCUCGGCAUGGGAAUUUGAGCCUGAACUGGAGAUCGCCAACUGCUUUGUCGAAGCUCGUACCGAAAUCGAAUUCUUUGACUCGGAAUGCACCGUCAUGAGCAAUCUCCCUGUCCCCAAGCAAAACGACGUCUACUACUGGGAAGCCAAGAUCUACGAAAAGCCCGAAAACACUCUGCUCAGUAUCGGCAUGGCUACCAAGCCCUAUCCCCUCUUCCGACUGCCGGGUUAUCACAAGUACUCUGUCGGAUAUCAAUCUACUGGUGCCCGCCGCUACAAUCAACCAUUCGGCGCGACUCCCUAUGGUCCGCCACUGGUGCAGGGUGAUGUCGUUGGGGUGGGUUAUCGUCCUCGGACCGGUGCUAUCUUCUUCACUCGCAAUGGUAAAAAGCUCGAGGAGGUUGUUCACGGGCUCAAGGCGCAAAACUUCUUCCCUGCGAUCGGUGCAAAUGGUCCUGCUACUAUUCACGUCAACCUUGGUCAGGCCGGCUUCGUUUUCAUCGAAGCAAACGUCAAGAAAUGGGGUCUGGCUCCUGUGACUGGAAGCCUGGCUCCUCCGCCACCUUAUGGAUCUGAGCAGGGUAGCAUACUGUUGGAAGCUGGUACCAAGGACGGCAAUACUUAUCCUCAAGGCAGGCAACACAGCCACUCCAUUACUGCAAGCUCGUACAACACACGCAACCCAUCUAACGACCUCAACCCUUCGCAUGGACGAACACGUAGUGGUAACUUUCGCGUACUUCCCCCAACAAGUCCCGGACCAGUUAGAAGCUCGACCGAUAUUUCUUUGGCUCAUUUUGUACCCAACGAGGAGAACGGCGAAGCUAGCAGCAAUGUCGUACCUCAACAGGAGACGCACGACCACAACCCCCUGCACCUGCAUCUCGAGGAUGCGACGAACCCGCCUCCUGAAUAUCAAAGUCCCGACCAUUCAGGUAGCGAAGAUGGUCGAUAUGGAAGUGACAGCGAGGAAGAUACGCCUCUUAUUCGCGUAAUGAACCGCAGCCGAGGUAACUCUUCCGCUACGGUGCUUCCCUCACGGCAAACUCCAAGUCCUCGCCAACCGCCAGUACCCAGCUACAGUGACGCUAUGCGAGAGGGUGCUGGUCGUGACCGUAGUGAUAGUGCUCGAUCACCGCCACCGAACCGAACGCCAUCCAAUAGACCUCGCAGUAGCACUUCUGCUUGA